GUCCAUCCCCCUCCAUAUCAUGUAAUUCAGGCGUUCCAAUCCCCUCCAUAUCAUGUGAUUCAGGUGUUCCAAUCCCCUCCAUAUCAUGUGAUUCAGGCGUUUCAAUCCCCUCCCAAUCAUGUGAUUCAGGUGCUCCAAUCCCCCUCCAUAUCAUGUGAUUCAGGUGCUCCAUUCCCCUCCAUAUCAUGUGAUUCAGGUGCUCCAUUCCCCUCCCAAUCAUGUGAUUCAGGUGUUCCAAUCCCCUCCAUAUCAUGGGAUUCAGGUGUUCCAAUCCCCUCCCAAUCAUGUGAUUCAGGUGCUCCAAUCCCCUCCAUAUCAUGUGAUUCAGGUGUUCCAAUCCCCUCCAUAUCAUGUGAUUCAGGCGUUCCAAUCCCCUCCAUAUCAUGUGAUUCAGGUGUUCCAAUCCCCUCCAUAUCAUGUGAUUCAGGGGUUCCAAUCCCC